AUGGGGGAAUGGGAGGAAAAGAAAAAUCAAGAGGAGAGGGGGGGUGGGUUGGGUUUUGGGGAUGAAAAUACAGAAGGAGGAGGUGGGGGGAAGGGUCUAUGGGGGUGGGGGAUUGGUCUGGGAGUAAAAGAUGGUGGUCAUGGGGGAAUGGGAGGAGGAAAGGAGGAGAUGGAAGGGGUUGGCAUUAGUGGUGGUGAAAGAGGUGGUGAUGAAGGUAGAGGUGGUGGAGGUUGA